CUGGGCCGACUUGAAUUGGGCCGGCGACCGACAUAACAAGCCAUAAUCCCACACGCUGCUACCCAUUGCCGCAACAAAGUCCACCUUCCCAGAAUUCAGACUUCAGUUCACGGAACUCUUUGCUCUCAGAAACCCUAGAUUUGAGGCCGACUCUGCGCCGCAACCAUGGUCAACGUUCCAAAGACCAAGAAGACCUACUGCAAAUCCAAGGAGUGUCGGAAGCACACAUUGCACAAGGUUACUCAAUAUAAGAAGGGGAAGGAUAGUUUGGCUGCCCAAGGAAAGCGCCGUUAUGAUCGGAAACAGUCCGGAUAUGGUGGGCAGACAAAGCCAGUUUUCCACAAAAAGGCUAAGACCACCAAAAAGAUUGUGCUAAGGCUGCAGUGCCAGGGGUGCAAACAUGUGUCACAGCACCCAAUCAAGAGGUGCAAACAUUUUGAGAUUGGUGGAGAUAAGAAGGGCAAGGGCACUUCUCUAUUUUGAGAUGCGGCAUAUCUGUUGAUCAUUCAAUUGGAAUGGAUGUCUCUGUUUUAGUUAAUUGUUUUAUAGAUUGAAGUUGUUAUGUCAGGAAUAUAGAAUGUUCUCUCACCUGGCAAUUUAUUCCAAGUUUUUGCUUUUGGUUCGAAUUCUCGCUGAAGGAUAUCUAGUCUAAUAUUUUGCCACA